UCUCUCUCUCUUACACACACACACACUGAUGUCAUCCUGAAGGCAGCGGCUGAAUGAAUCGCCCUCAGCGAUUACACACACACACACACACACACACCUGACGCGCGCUCACGCUCUCCAGACGACAAACUUCUGUGCGGAACAAACGAGACUUUUCUCGGGAUAUUUUCGCGAGGAGAAACUGAAGCUCGUGUGUUUUUACCGCGUCUCUCAUAAUGGACGUGAUGCUGUUUUUCUCUCUCGUUUGUGUUUGUACGGCUGCAGGUUCAGACACUCUCAGGUCAUCACGGCCGCUGGUUCUGUCUGAUGGAUUGUGUCAGAUGAGAGACUCUCAGGGACGAUGCAGACCCGUGUGUGUGUCGGGUGUAAACAUGGCGGAGUGUGUUGACCAGAUCAGUGUCACUGUCAUCCAGGAUUCACCGGCAAGACCUGCAACCGAGAUGCUCGUACGUGUGCGAUGGCGAACUGUCAGUACGGGUGCGCGGUGAUGAAAGGAGAGGUCACAUGUCAGUGUCCGUCUCCAGGACUGAGACUCGCUCCCGACGGCAGGACAUGUGUCGAUGUUGACGAGUGUGUGACGGGUCAAGCCAAGUGUGCGAGGUUCCGUAAGUGUGUGAACACGUUCGGCAGCUUCGUCUGCAGGUGUCAUGAGGGCUUUGAGCUGAAGCACAUCGACGGGAAGUAUCGCUGCACAGAUAAGAAGAUUUCCUCUGUUUGCCGUGACAAGCCAGGACACCGGAAAUGCAAAUGCACACCCGGUGUUAAUGGCAAGGGUUACGACUGCAAAUCUGUUGUUAAAGUCACAAUUGAACCUGCGAGACCAGUGAAAGUCACAGCCAGUCCGACCACCGUCGAUACGGCAACAACUCCCAUGACAACCACCAAGGAAAAAACCACAACAACAACAACAACCAUAGCAAUUCCCACCACUAUCGUCACCACAGAAACUUCAGUUCCAACAAGCAAUGCUGUUACAAAAGUAACAACAACUACUGUUGCUAUGACAACGACGGAAUCUACAACUACAACAGCCCUGACAACAGCCCUGACAACAGCGGAAUCUACAACUACAACAGCCCCGACAACAACGGAAUCUACAACUACAAGCGCCCCGACAACAACGGAAUCUACAACUACAAGCGCCCCGACAACAGCCCUGACAACAACGGAAUCUACAACUACAACAGCCCCGACAACAGCCCUGACAACAACGGAAUCUACAACUACAACAGCCCCGACAACAGCCCUGACAACAACGGAAUCUACAACUACAACAGCCCUGACAACAACGGAAUCUACAACUACAACAGCCCCGACAACAGCCCUGACAACAACGGAAUCUACAACUACAACAGCCCUGACAACAACGGAAUCUUCAACUACAACAGCCCCGACAACAGCCCUGACAACAAUGGAAUCUACAACUACAACAGCCCCGACAACAACGGAAUCUACAACUACAACAGCCCCGGCAACAACGACCACAAGUCCCAUGGUAACCACAACGACUCUGGACAACCACGUCCACAGAGAGAGCACCGCCAAGCCCAGAGGAGACGUACACAUUCCACGUCACGAGAACAACCUCUUUGACUGGGACUUUGACGUCGAGCUGGGAAACACAGCGGAGUAUGUGCGAGAUGAUCCAGCGGCUGGUGUCGUGAGCUGCUCGUUUGAUCAGGGUUUGUGUUUGUGGAUGAAGGACUCAGAAGGAGAUCUAACAUGGGAAACCAAAGAUGAUCCUGCCGGUGGGCGGUACCUGUCAGUACCAGAGGCAACGAACAGACGAAGUGUCAAAGGGGCGCGGCUUACGGUGCCACUGGCCACGCCCACAAAGGCGUGGCAGGGCGGCGACCUCUGUCUGGCGUUUAGACACCGUCUCCACGGAAACCACAUCGGCUUUCUGCAAGUGUUUGUCAGAAAGGGGCGGAGUCACAGCCCGUCAGUCUGGACCACGACUGGAGGACACGGCUGGAGACACACCCACAUCACGCUUGGGGGGCGGGGCGUUGUUGAUAUUGUGCUGAAGGCAGAGAGACGGCGAGGGAAACAUGGAGAAAUCUCAGUGGAUGAUUUUAGUCUGAGACGAGGAGCCUGCAGUGAUGGAGACAACAGGACAGAUCAGUGACACACACACACACACACACACACACACACACACACACAC